AUGUACUAUCGCAAGGUGUUGAUUUGCCCAAAUGGUGACUGGACCAGACGGGAUCCACGUGAUGGGCCCUACGGCAUUUUCCUCACCACAUCAAAGGGCGAAUCGGUGUCGGCAGUGGACAAUGUGCGGGGCAGCUACGAAGCCAUAUGGCAGGAAGCUAAUGACACGAUGAGGGAUUUACUCUGGGGCACGAAGAAUCAGCGCAUCACUGCCAUGGCCACAGUUCAAAUGCUGAAUCAAAGGAUAAAAGAUAUGAACUUGUUAUGGAAUCGAGACCCAAGGACUGGUAUCAUUGAUUAUCAAGACUGGAUGCAAGCGGGCGAACAACUUGACUUGGCUAUUCGCGACCACUGCAUCUUCAACUCGGAUGCACGAUACUAUGAUGUUGAAGAUUUCCUCUAUGAACGGAUUCAAAAUCGAUGCUAUCCAGCAUCAUGGAAAGUCGAAUGGGGACGCUAUCAGGAGAGGUGUGCUCUCAACUACGAAAUACAUCCCCGGCCUUUUAGAUCUCCUCAAUCAGAGGUUCAAAGAGCAGCAUUAAGCCGAAGAGCACAUUGGUCAGCGCUGCCUCCCCAGCUAAGACGACAGACAGGUUUUCGGCAACCCCCACAGAUUGUUAGACCUAAUCGCCGUCAGCCUACUACCAGAGUGGAUCGUAUAGAAAAAUGGGAUGACCUGAUGCGGCCAAUAAGAUGA